CACCCAUCGCCAGUGUAGAAGCUUAAAGAACCUGGCAGCCCGAACAUUCCCUCGCACGCGCUGAGAGCCGCUCGCGCGGCAGCCUACAAUAUUUAUCGCGGAGUGACCGGAGAAGCACACGGGCGGGCAGGACAGCCACAGCGGAUACAGUUUUUUAACAGGGAAAGUGAAAACAAAUUUUCCCCCGGAGUCAAGACGAUGGAGAAAGGUGGGAACCCGUGUCGACGAUAACAGGUCAGAGUCUCGCGCAGAAGGCAUCAUUCUGACCGUAAAUACACACCUGCGCUGUCUAAAGGUUUUCUGCAUUACACAGGUCAGCCUUGGGCAAAUGACAGAGGCAAUCGCAUCGCUGGAGUGUUUUUUUCCGGGGGCAUCGCGAUCACUGGGAAGGAAUGCAUAGUUGCCGGAGAAACCGAUGUUGAAAGGCGUUCUACUGUUCCUCACGACUGACUGCGCGCAAAUUACAGCUCUAAUGAUUGAAAUAUGGAGAAACAGGCUCUCGUAACGGCGGUCAGCUUGUCCAUGAGCAUUUUGUCGUUAUUGCUGCUCAUCACCGCUAUCUUUACUGACCACUGGUACGAGACGGACACCCGGAGACACAGGGAGAAUUGUGACCUGUACGGGACGGAUUCCAAUGGUCAGAAAAAUAGGGAGAUGCCGAUCUACCACCUGCCGCUCGUGGACAAUAACAAUCCUCGACGGAGUCUGGCUCUGAUGAAGCCGAUACACGUCGGGAGCCGAGAAGAGGAACUCCUGGAAAACUGGAGGUCAAUACUGGGGAUGGGGAUUUUGGAGACGGAAUGUGGACGUCCGCUGUUUUCAACCUAUUCGGGACUGUGGAGAAAAUGUUACUUCCUCGGCUUGGACGAGGAUAUUGAUAAACUCAUUUACAAGGGUAUUGCACAGAGAUGCACAACAGUGAAGUACCAUUUCUCCCAGCCAAUACGGCUCAGGAACAUCCCCCUCAACCUGACCAGGACAAUCCAACAGGACGAAUGGCACCUUUUACACCUGCGGCGGAUCACGGCGGGAUUCCUGGGCAUGGCCGCGGCCGUGCUGCUGUGUGGCUCCAUCGUGGCCACGGUCAGCUUCUUCUGGGAGGAGAACCUGACCCAGCAUGUCUCCGGCCUGCUCUUCCUCAUGGCAGGAAUAUUCUGCACCAUCUCUCUCUGCACGUACGCCGCCAGCGUUUCCUACGACCUGUCGCGCAACCCGCCCUUCAUCUACGGGCUGCCGGGCGACGUGGACCACGGCUACAGCUGGUCCAUCUUCUGCGCCUGGGUCAGCCUGGGCCUGACGGUGGCGUCCGGGUGCCUGUGCACCACGUACCCGUUCCUCAGCCGCUCCAAGGCACUCCAGUCGAAAACGGCGCCCGACUCCUCCGUGUGAGGAGCCCAACGUGCGCCCAAACGUGCGCCUCUCGUGCGCGUGCGCACCUCACGCACACACCAGCGGUAUCUCGUCAUCCAUAGUGUUUAGUUCAUCCCUUCCACUCGAUUUUUUGCUGACAGGUCGAGGAAGCUGCGCUGUGAUUGGUCGGUCUCCAGACUUUUUUUUUUUUUGUCCCGCAGCCUCCUCUCCAUGUUGCGCCGUCAUGGCAACGUGCCGGUGUAGUUCAUGUACAGGUCAUUAUCUUUACGCAUCUAUUAUUAAACGGAUAUACAUAGAUGUACAUGUAUAUAAGCACACAUGUAGUAUCUGCGCACAUACGUCCCUUCUUAUACGAAAAGAUAAAAAUUACAAAAAAAAAAGAAGUAUGUGAAUACUUGUGGCUGUUAGCUGUUCUUUCCAAGCCUGUACGGAUUCACUGGGCAAAAUCAGUGAUAAUACUCUUCAGAACAGAGACUUACUGAAAAAAAAAAAACUUUUACAUUUCUUCCUUUCUCCUUUUACACGUGCUAAGUCUAGCAUGAAAAGCACACUCCCCUGGUGGAACCAUAGCUGUCAUGUGAAAGAAUAAUCCUUUGUUUAAAAAUAUGUCUAAACAAUGGUGUGGAACGAAGUGCUGUUUUCUGCUCCGAGAUGCACAAUUGCUCCCGUCAAUCAAGUCUGUUUGACGCGGAUGAGGAAGAGCGAGAGCAAGAGAUGAGGUGAGAUCGGUGACACGAGGCCAGCUUUCGACACCGAGAAACAGAAACGGGAAAUCACAGCCACGCGUUCGCGUUGCUGGAAGCGGUCAGUUGUACUCGCGAACAAAAGCCGAACUGACGCGACGCGUGCGACCCGUGGGACGAUUUAACGGUUUUUACAGCGGUAGUGCGCAGAAGACCGCUUGAGGGUACGGAUUCUGGAAAAAUAAAACGGACGUUAUCAAUGUCUUCGCUUUAACAAGUUACACUUGAUGUCAUUUUAACGGGGGUGACGGGCUCUUUCCUGGAAGCGGUUUGUGCGAGGGUCAGCAGUUUCCGCGAGCUCUAAGCAACCGCUAACACCGUGCUUUCCAGCGCCCCCCCGUCCCUGACGACCGAGUGACAAGGACACGGGGACGAGCGGGAAGAUCGCGGCUGUUCCUCUCCAGCCCUGUCUCUGAGCCAGUUCUGAGAGCCUUUCUGCGCCUGUGUUCUGGUCCUAAGACAUGUGUAAAAAAAAAUAAAUGAUGAACAAACCAAA